AUGGUCGAGCAUAUGGUCAUGGAGGGAGACACCUCAUCUCCCCCCAAAUACUCCAAGUCAUCCUCGAACCGGACUUCGUUCUUUAACGCAUACCUCUUCUGCUCCUCCAUCUGCGCAAUCGCCGGUCUCAUUAUCGGUGCAAUCUCGCUCCACAAAGCGAGCGAGUUCAAAGCGUUUCAGUUCUCCCAAUCUAUCACGGACUUGGAGCGCACCUUUAACAGCACUGUCUACGCCAUUACAAGCAAUGGCAUCGGUCCAGCGUGCGAAGAUGCUCCCAUAGAGCUGAUCACAGGCCAAACUUCUAUCCCAAGUCAAUGUGUCACUGUCACUGCCAGCGAUAUGAUGUAUGUGACAAGGCUGGCCGUUAAUUGUGUUGCUAUUGUCUAUGAAAGCGCAAACUGCACGGGAACUCAGGCAGAGCUCGGGGAUUUUACUCCUCCAUCUUGUAUAGUUGCAGCUGGCUUAGGCAUGUUGGGUGGGGAUGGUGGUGAUUUUUAUGAGAGUUUCAAAGUGGUUUGCUCUUGA